AGAAUGAUAGUGGCAAUAUAGGAAGAAAACAACCUAAGAGUACUACUAAUAACAAAAACAAUGAUAUUGAGAAGCUGUUUCUUCAACUCUCCACCCUCACAAGCACGUUUUCUUUCUCCUUCUUCGAUUCUUCUCUCAUCCACUCCAAACCCUACCAGGUUUUGGAAUUUGAACACUGCUUGUUUGGUUUUGUGGUGGAUUUGUAUAGAAGAAGGUGUUAAUUGCAUUAAACUGCAGGCUGUCCAAAUCUGAAUGCGAGGACUGUAAUUUUUGGAGUGGACUUAUGCAUUGUUGGAAAUAGAACUUGCUGCCAUAACUCAUAAUCAGGCUUUGGAAUUUAGACUUCGAUGGACUGCAAUAAAGAAGAGGCCUUAAGGGCCAAGGAUAUUGCUGAAAAGAAAAUGGAGAGCAAAGAUUUCACAGGGGCUCGUACAUUUGCGCAUAAGGCUCAGAAACUAUAUCCUGAUUUGGAGAAUAUCGCUCAAAUGCUUGUUGUUUGUGAUGUGCAUUGCUCUGCUGAGCAGAAAUUACUGGGUAAUACUAAUGUGGUGGACUGGUACAAAGUUCUACAAAUUGAUCGCAAUGACCAUGAUGGAAUAAUUAAGAAACAAUACAAGAAGUUUGCUCUCCAACUCCAUCCUGACAAAAACAAGUUUGCUGGUGCAGAAGCUGCAUUUAAGCUGAUUGGGGAAGCUCAAAGAGUUCUUUUGGAUAGAGAAAAACGAACAUUACUUAACAUGAACUUGAGCAAAUUUUCUAUGACCAAACCUGCCAUGCCAUCUAUUUUUCAACGGAACGUUCCGGUGAACUUUAAUCCUGUGAUGCAAACUAAUGUCCGGCCCGUUUUCCCAAACAUAAAUCCUCCUCAACAGCAACAGCCGUCUAAGAAGCCAACUCAGCAGGGGCUUAAUGGCAGUGGCCCUACUUUUUGGACUAUGUGCUCAUUUUGUUCCGUUAGGUUUGAAUAUUUCAGGGUAGUUUUAAAUAGGUCUCUUCGCUGUCAACAAUGUAAUAAGCCCUUCAUUGCAUAUGAGGUGAAUCCACAAAGUACAAAACCGGCAACUAAUUCAACUCGGCAAGCUUUUGGCCAGAAGAACAAUGCUCCAAAUCACGGUGCUUCUAAGGUUGGUGUUGGAUCUCAAGGUGAUUUGUAUGCUAAGAGGGUUGGUGUUGGAUCUCAAGGUGAUUUGUAUGCUAAGAGGUCCAAGAAAGAGUCUCAUCAUAAGAAAGGCUCUACUUCAAAUGUCUCUGUAAAGCCAGAUGGAAAGAGAAAGAGGAAGCACGUAAUAGAUUCCAGUGAAAGUUCUGAGUCUGUAGGCAGCACUGAUUCUGAAGAUGAUACAUUUUCUGACAACAAUGGUUUUCCUGGCGUUUCUACUUCUAGAGAAGAGCGUCCACGUAGAUCUUCACGGCAAAAACACCAGGUUUCCUACAAGGAGAAUGGAAGUGACGACGAUGAGUCACGGAAACCUUCAAAACAGGGAAAGGAAACUGAAAUAAAUGAUCAUAAUGGUUUGGCUUCUGGUCUGGAAGAUCAUCAGAAAGAGGUAAAACAGAAGCAAAAUUUUUAUUCUGAAGAGAGCUUAAAAAAUAUAGAUGUGAAAAUUAAGGAGGUGGGAGGAAAAGAAACAGCGGGCAGCUCAAAGAUAGAGGAAUCAACAAAUCAUUCAGAUGGUUUUGUUUAUCCCGAUCCAGAGUUCAGUGACUUUGACAAGGACAAGAAAGAGGAAUGUUUCGCUUCCGGGCAGAUAUGGGCUGUUUAUGAUGAUAUAGAUGGCAUGCCUAGAUUCUAUGCUUUGAUCAAAAAAGUUUUUUCUACUGGAUUUAAGUUGCAGAUAACUUGGCUUGAGCCAGAUCCAGAUGACGAAGAGGAGCGCAGGUGGGUUAAGGAGAAACUGCCAAGUGCUUGUGGGAAAUAUCAACUUGGUAAGACUGUAACCACUAAAGAUCAACCAAUGUUCUCUCAUCUUAUACUUUAUGAAAAGGUCCGCUCUACUUUUAAAGUGUAUCCUAGAAAAGGAGAAACUUGGGCUCUUUUCAAGAAUUGGGAUAUCAAAUGGUAUAUGGAUGCAGAAUCUCAUCAGAAGUAUGAUUUGGAAUUUGUUGAAAUUUUGUCGGAUUAUGUUGAAGGCGCGGGAGUAUUUGUUUCAUACUUGGCUAAGUUGAAAGGUUUUAUGAGUCUCUUCUCUCGAAUUACGAAGGGAGGUGGUUGCUCAUUUCAAAUUCCACCAGCUGAGUUGUUCAGAUUCUCUCACAGGGUUCCAUCUUUUAAAAUGACUGGUCUGGAAAGAGCGGGCGUCCCUGUAGGAGCCUUUGAACUCGAUCCUAUAUCCUUGCCAAUGGAAGAGAUUACUCUUCCUGAUGAUUUGGAACUGAAGGAUACAUCUACUUCCAAGGUUAAUUUGGAAAGAAGCAACUCAGUAGAGGAGAAGGAUCAUGUUGAUCAUAUUGAUGAUGUUAGAGCUCCAAAGGUUUCAGUUGCAGAAUCUUUUGAAGUUCCAGACCCUUCCUUCAACCAAUUUGAUGCUGAAAGGUCCCAUGAAAAGUUUGAGGCGGGCCAGAUUUGGGCAUUUUAUGGUGAUGAGGACGAACUUCCAAAAUACUAUGGUCAGAUUAAAUGCGUUCGGAGGAUUGACUCAAAAAUUGAGUUGCAAGUAAUUUAUCUUACUGAUUGCUGGGUACCUAAGAAAGUUAUUAGAUGGGAAGAUAAGGAUAUGAUCAUUUCCUGUGGAAGAUUUAAAAUCAAUCCAAGUGGUAAGCUCUGCACCUACAACAACACCAAUUCUGUUUCACAUCAGGUGCAUGCUAGUGCUGUUCGAAACAACAAGGAAUAUGAAAUUUAUCCGCGGAAGGGUGAAAUUUGGGCAUUGUAUAGGGGAUGGAGAACUACACUCAAACGUUCUGAUUUGAAAAACUGUGAGUAUGACAUAGUGGAAGUUACUGAAGACGCUGAUAUGUGGACAGAUGUUUUAUUUCUGGAGAAGGUAAGUGGUUACAGUUCAGUUUUCAAGGGUAAAUUAAGCAACGGAGGAUCAAAGAUGACCAUGACUAUCGAUAGGACCGAGUUGCUCAGAUUCUCCCACAAGAUCCCUGCUUUCAAACUGACGGAAGAACAUGGCAGCAAUUUGAGAGGCUUCUGGGAACUUGAUCCGGCAGCAGUACCACACCAUUAUCUCAGCAAGGAAUAAUAGGUAAGUUGGGUGUUUCAGCAAGAAACCUUGCUUCACUGUAUUAGUGCUAAACUGUUUAGCCAGGGAGCAGCAUUUGCUAACCGGAUUUCAUUUUUUGAACCUAGAAGUUUUUUUUUUUUGUUAUAUUAAACUAGAUUAAAACUAGUACUAUUUGGGUUAUUUAGCAGCCCCUGCAUAAUUACCGUUCAUUUGACAGCACAUGUGUUUGUUGUUCUAUCUGCCUGUUAAAGAGGUUGCGCUGGUUUUAUGCUGCUUUUGGUGUUUUGCUUCUGUUCUGUUCAUAUUUGAUUCUCUGUUGCCAAUUGAAUCUGUACCAUGAGUAUUGUUAC